AUGCCCCGGUCCUUCCUCGUGAAGAAGGUGAAGGGAGAUGAUUCCCAAACUGGGAUCCCAGUUCCCUACGGCAGGAACCGGCCAGAGCUUGGAUCCAGGCUGCACGGGAAGGGGUACCUCACUGACAUCAUGGCCCCAUCAUCCUACCCUGGCUCCGGCGCGGCAGCUCUGGCAGUGCCAUCCCCCUCCGCCAUCUACGGCACCGGGGACUCGGAGCCCCCCGACAGCCCCCACUCGGGCAUGGCCGGCGGGUACAUCAACGGCGACGCCGCGGUGAGCGAGGGCUACGCCGUGGACGCCUUCUUCAUCACGGACGGGCGCUCGCGGCGCAAGGCGACGGCCUCGUCCUCGUCCUCCUCGGCCUCACCGCGCAGCCUCCAGCGCCACGCGUGCGGCGAGUGCGGUAAGACCUACGCCACCUCCUCCAACCUGAGCCGCCACAAGCAGACCCACCGCAGCCUGGACAGCAAGAUGGCCAAGAAGUGCCCGACCUGUGGCAAGGUCUACGUGUCCAUGCCGGCCAUGGCCAUGCACCUGCUGACCCACGACCUGAAGCACAAGUGUGAGGUGUGCGGUAAAGCCUUCAGCCGGCCCUGGUUGCUGCAGGGCCACAUGAGGUCCCACACCGGAGAGAAGCCCUUUGGCUGUGCCCAUUGCGGUAAAGCCUUUGCCGACCGCUCCAACCUGCGCGCGCACAUGCAGACCCAUUCGGCGUUCAAGCACUUCAAGUGCAAGCGCUGCAGUAAGACCUUCGCGCUCAAGUCCUAUCUCAAUAAGCACUAUGAGUCUGCCUGUUUCAAGGGGGCUGGGAACGCGCUCAGCCCCCUGCCGCCGUGA